UAACUUCCAAAUUGUUCUACUUCCUUCUAAAAUCCUCCUCCUCCCUCUCCAACGCACAAGCACAGAAUACUCACUCAAGGUAAAGCCUUCGUUGAUCAAGAAGUGAAGCAAGAAGAUGAACCCACAAGCAGACAAAGUGAUUAGGAGGACAACAAUGGUGGCCACUGUUGUCGCCUCGUAUUUCCUUUUGACUGCGGACUACGGCCCCGAACCCAAUGUCCUCGACCCCAUUAAGAAGGCCAUAUUGUCUGCAGAAAGUUCCGUGAAAGAGUUCGUAUUUGGAUCAAAAGGACAACCUCAAGAAACUCAGAUGGGGAAGCUGAAGUCCGAUGCAUCCAAGGAAAAUCAGUAGUUAUAGACAGUUAAAAGUUUUCAUCAAGACCUUUUGGUUUUUGACUUUUCGGGGCCCCAACGGCCACGGUCAAUCAUACGAAUAUCAUGAUAGGGAACCAAGUUUUAUGUCUCUGUGUAGAGAUGUGUAUAGCUCCUGCUGACUUCAGUAGCAGCUCAUAUUUUCUUUGAUCAAGCGUGAUGGAAUUUGAAGUUUGAUCGAGUAGAUAUGGAUUCUAAACCUUCUUUUAGACCUGAAACCUCCUUUUA